AUGUCGCAAGCACUAUAUCCCACCAGAUCUGGAUAUCUAUCCCAACUACCAUCCUCAAAGCGUACCCGACUCGAAGGUACACAUACUCUUUCCACGCCCGUCCGCUUCCUCAUACUCUCAGACACGCAUGGCGCCGAGCUACCGGAGAAGCUCCCGCCAUGCGAUGUGCUCCUACACUGUGGCGAUCUGACAGAAUAUGGCGACCCAGCAAGCAUCUCUGCGGCCCUCCAGACAUUGGGCAAAGUCGAAGCCAAGCUUAAGCUUGUUAUCGCUGGUAACCACGACAUCUCGCUCGACGAAUCAUACUGGCUCUCCCAGGGCGGGACUGAAGCCGAUGCAGAACGGGCAGAUGCGAUGGUCAGCUCAGAGACAGGCUCCGAAGCAAGCAAGAACGACAUCACCUUCUUGAGGGAAGGUACACAUGCCUUCACACUAGCAUGUGGCGCUACAUUCAAGAUCUACGCCUCACCAUACACGCCCCUCUACGGCGUAUCCGCAUUCCAAUACCCUUCAAAUGAAGAUCGCUUCAGUUCCUCAGGCACUCCACCGUGGGCGAAGAACGUCGGUAGCGAGACUUCAACCAUCCCCAACAACGCCGACAUCGUCAUGACCCACGGCCCACCAAAAUACAUCCUAGACACGACCUCUGACGGUCAAAGUGCAGGUUGCGAACACCUACGCCGCGCCAUCGCAAGGGCGCAACCAAGACUACACUGCUUUGGCCACAUUCACACUCCGCGUCGCGGGUUCUACGAAGCACACGUGCUGGACUUUAGAGGUGAAGCGGAGCUAGAUAGCAACACCGACAUUGAAUCAAUAUCCAAGAUAUGGAUAGGAGAAAACUCAGCGCACCGCAAGGGAUUCAGAAGCCUGCCUCCAGGCUCUGCUCAAGACUUUCGAGGGAACAAACAGCAGACGCUGUGCGUCAACGCGGCUAUGGAGGGCACUGAGCCAGGCGUUCUGGAACACCCACCCUGGCUCGUUGAUUUAGAUUUGCCCGCGCGAAGAGACAUGGGAAUGGGAGAUGCCGUCGGUGAGAAUCUGCAUCUCACGUAA